AUGGCAUCUCACACCCAGCAGGAAGCUUGGUGUGAUACAACAUUCAUUACAUAUGACCCCAAUCUCACUGAUCCCAUCAACUGCUUUCACUAUGGGAGUACCUAUUGCUAUGUCCAUUCCCUCCCGGACAGUCAAAUACAUUGCUAUUCUCAAUUCUCUGCCCCAGAAUCAACGCGGCAGCAUAAACUCUCCACCGUGCAAAAGGUUGUGUGUGAAUGGAAGCUGUUUGAUGGGGAGGAGAGACCUCUAAGGGGGAGCUUGCGCUCCAUCAAGUUCAAGUACAAGAACAGAGAUCCGGUCAGUCACACUCUAUCAAGGAUAGAUAUAAUCACCACCAAAGCUGCUGUGAAUGCUCUUCAAAAUCUCGGAGUUGCUCUGGCAGAUGUUGAUGGAAGUCCAGUCUACCAUGGUUCAGUCAUUUCAUUGAAAGGGGAGCUCAUUGGGAGCCAGCACUUACUUUCAGUGUUAAUUUCAUCUGUCUCAGAAACAAGAGGCUCAACAUCUAGUACAUGGAACGUGCCUCCGAGUGUGCAUUUACACACUGAGUUCAACCUCAAAUUUGCAUCAAUUGUUUUUGCGGGCGCAACAAAGGAUUUAGGCAGAUCAGUUGAGGAGCUGGAUUAUAAGAAUCUUUUGUCAUUGGUACCGGAUGAUUUCUUCAAGAAACACUAUGCAAAUGAUGUGAAUGAUGAGAAAAGUGAGAAAGGAACUGAGUUUUGA